CUUUUUCUUUGUUGUAGUAAAUACUUCCGCUGGCCUUGGCCACUCAGAAGUUGAGAGUCUGAUACUUUCUCUCUCUGCCUUAAAAACAUUUUGCAGAAACUGUUCUACCUUUAGCUCCUUCUCUCACUGUUCUCUAUACGUCCCUUCAAAAUUUCUUACCUUCCUCUGUCUAUUAGUGCAAAACUGUUCGACCCUUUACCCACUCCGCAAAAUGUCAUCUUGUUUUGAGUCUGAUUCUUCAGUUCCAUCACAUACUCAUCCUCCAACUUCUUGGUUUUAGAGAGGGAGAGAGAGAGAGGAAAAGAGAGGGUGAUAAAAUCUGUCUUUGGAGCCUGUUUGACGGUGAAGUUGGCCCCUUUUCACUUUUUGCUGGGUUGGAGCUCUUUAAUUGCAUUGACUCGAACCUGUGGUGUUUUUUGUUUUGGGUGUUUGGUUUGAAGGCUGAGCUUGGUUUGUAAGGGCUUUGUUUGUUUAGGUUUGCCUUAGGGGAUGCUUUGUGUUUAAGGUUUUACCAAUGGGUUGGUGAGAGCGGACCUGUUUCAGUCUUCUGCGUUCUUUAUCUUCAAAAUGAAGCCUUCUUGUUGUGAACUGUAGUUUGGUAAGCUGUAAAAGUAGCUUCCAAUUUUGUCUUCUAUUUGACUCACUAGCUUUUCAGGCUUGUGCUCUUUCUUUCCUGCUUGUUUAGGUGCUUGAAAAUCUUGGGUUUUCAUCUGGUUUUAGUUCAUUUUAAUUUAUUCGUUUAUAUUUAUCCUUAACCUUUUUUUCUUUCUUUGGGUUUCCCUGUUUUGUUUCCUUCUACAUAUGCAAUUAGUGCACUGAGUAGGUUGUUUUUCUUUCCUUGCUUUACCAUAGCUAGACUUAAGGAGCUUCAUGUCUUAGUUUUAAUGUACCUUUGAGACAAUGUAUCUGCUUGGAGCUUUCUUGUUUUGAAUUGAAGCAGAUACAGUUGUUUGGAACGAGCUACGUUGGAAUCAAUCUUAGUUUCGAAUGCUCGAAUGUGUUUCCUACAGUUCAAACCCCGUCUGUUCUCAAAUUCAAAAAUAAUUUCUAAAACAUUCAAGUACCCUGCAGGAAACUCUUUCCAGUGAUUACUAAUCGGGUCUCAAAGAUUUCCAUUUGUCCAAAAUACGAUUUCUUGUGUGCAAUUUGUCUUUGAAUUUGAAAACUUUGCUUGUGAAAGAUUUGUGAAUAUAAAGUUAUUUGAAGUUAAUGCAUGGAUCGAAGGGACCCCAUGGCGUUAUCGGGUUCGACAUCUUAUUAUAUGCCGGGAGGAAUGUCUGGGUCUGGGUCUGGAUCCCAGUCUGGGAUACACGGAUCACCACCAGGCACUCGUCCUUUGUCUAAUCCAAAUGCACAAUUUCAACCCAACAUUGUUGGCACUACAAUCGGAUCAACAUUACAAGUAGAGCCUUCAUCUGCAUUGUCACCUCAUAGUAUGCACGUGGGUGCUCCAUCUGCAGUGCCACAGAGUGAGCCUGUGAAGAGGAAAAGAGGAAGGCCCCGAAAAUAUGGACCUGAUGGGACCGUGUCAUUGGCAUUGUCUCCGUCAUCUUCUACUUAUCCAGGAAAAAGUUCCAUAACUUCGACCCAAAAGCGGGGUAGAGGGCGGCCACCAGGGACAGGAAGGAAGCAACAAUUAGCUUCUCUCGGUGAAUGGCUAUCUGGUACGGCUGGGAUGGGUUUUACUCCACAUAUCAUCAACAUUGCAAUAGGAGAAGAUAUUGCAACCAAAAUAAUGUCAUUUUCACAGCUGGGGCCUAGAGCUUUAUGCGUCUUGUCAGCCAAUGGUGCCGUCUCUACCGUGACUCUUCGUCAGCCUUCAAUGUCUGGUGGCACCGUCACAUAUGAGGGGCGUUUCGAGAUAUUGUGUUUAUCAGGGUCUUACUUGCUAACAGAUAGUGGUGGGUCCCGCAAUCGAAGUGGUGGUCUAAGUGUCUCCCUUGCCAGCCCUGAUGGUCGUGUUAUUGGUGGUGGAGUUGGGGGAAUUCUUAUUGCAGCGAGUCCUGUUCAGGUGAUUGUGGGGAGCUUCCUGUGGGGGAGUGGUUCGAAGACGAAGAACAAAAAAAAGGAAGCUUCAGAAGGUGCCAUAGACUCGGAACAUCAGGCUGUCGACAAUCCAGAUGCACUAACUAGCAGCAUUCCACCAACUCAAAAUCUCGGUCCAGCCUCUUCAAUGGGUGUUUGGCCAGCAUCGCGGGCAAUGGAUAUGCGAAAUGCCCAUGUCGACAUUGAUUUGAUGCGCGGGUAAUCGUUGAUAGAUAAAUGAGCAUUGCAUAUAAAUUUAACUUGCAUGGUCAAUUGAAUCUAAUUUUCUCGAUGUACCAACGUCAGGAAAGCCAGUUGAUCAUCUUGGUGUUGGUAACUCUUUUGACUUGAUUUAGCUUGUCAUAGACAAUGGGGUUGUACUUUUAUUUUUGUAGCUUAAUAGAAAUUUAGUUUGAAAAUUUUACUUUCA